AUGAAUUCUGGAGUAUCGAUGAAGAGGGAUGGAGGACAUUCUUAUUAUGGCAUAUCGGAAGAGGUGAUACAGUUGGAAUAUCCUGGAUUACUUGUGAGGACGGUGGUCCUAUUCUUUUGUGAAUGGUUCUACCAUACUCCUGAGACGGGGACGAGAAUGUAUCCUCAAACGGAGAUUAUUGAGGUUAAGCAGAGGCGCAGGAUUCAGGAUUACAACCCCGUCUUAUUAAAAAGACCGAACAAAAGCAUCAUAUUUUAUGGUCCGCUGUGGAGGGAUACCGUCACGUGUCGGUGGGAAGAUAAAUGCGUUAUAACACAGCAGCCGGUGGAGAAGCACUGUCUCCUCCUCCCCUCUUCCUCUCCUCCUUACACCCUCUGCGUCUCUGUUAAUGGAUCUCUAAGUGCCCAACCAACAACCCCUCCACCCCUCUCUCUCUGUCCAACCACAGGAUCAUGGGAUUGCUGUGAUUGUCCCAGCUGCCUUUCUUCUGCCCACUAUAACAGAAGAAGAAAAGUGCUCUGCUUCUGUGGAAACAAAAACUCAAAGAGGGACGUACCUGCAGGUUGGAGACUGCUGGGGAAGGUGGAAGCGGGAGAGGGGACAGACACAGAGGAAGGUGAAAGACGGGGAACAGGACUGGCCGGGUUAAGGACGAUAGCGGUGAGACUCGCAGGGGGCGGGAGCAGGAGGAAGAAGAGCAGGAAGAGGCCCGUCAAAGUGAAGGACAAGCUCAUGGACUGGUGGCACAAGAUGGUCUUCCCCGUCCGGAGGCUCUGGUUCGCGGUCUCAACCCGGGUCAAGUCCCGCGAGAAAGGUGCUGGGCUUCUGAAGCUGCACGACGAUGUACAAACCUGUGGAUAUGAGGACGUACAGGUGAUGUGGGAAAUGCUGCGAAGAUCGGAGACAGAGACCAUGGCCCCUAACCACGGGAAGCGCAAGCAGCGGCCUUUCUGGAGGGUAUUCGUCUGGUCCAACCACAAUGCAGCAUCAUCCCUACCUGGGCAUCGUGCCUGAAGGCCUCGAACCCCCACCUACUUACUGCAAUAAUAAUGAGUUGUUAGUGUCCUGCAACCUUAACAUGGCGAGCUUACAUUAUCAUAAAGCAAAGCCAUGGCAUUUACAUUGUACACAACUAUUUUGAAUCGUGUCGAUAUCAAGCUAGAUAUGAUAUAUAUGGUCAGUCCAUCGCUACUGCUAAGUAAAGGGGGUUCCAUCAGAGGACAGAUCACGUGUAAAUAUAUGUCAUCUUGUAUGGUUGUGGACCCACCACCAAUUCAAUGCUGAUGUAACUUUCACCAUAAGGUUCUUCUUGCA